AUGUCUCCAAAUUACUCAAACAGAAAAGUCUUUAUGGAAAAAGAAGAGGCAGCGUUGGCGCAGUAUUUAAUUCGGUGCAGUCAAAUGGCAUUUAGAUUACCCAAGAAAGAUUUUCUGGCAUUGGUUCUUAGUUUUGCGGAGAAGAAUCANAAGAAGAUACCAAAGUCUUGGGCAGACAACAAAGCAGCUGGUGAAGAUUGGUUNAAAGGGUUCAUAAGACGCAAUCCAACAAUGAAACGUCAAUCUGCACUGUUCAAGCUCCAAAAAAUGUACUUGCAAAAAGAGGCGUUAAACAAGUCUAUAAAGCUACCAGCGGAGAAAAAGGGAUUACUGUUACGUCUUGUUAGUGCAUCUAGUACUUGUUUGCAGCAAGCAAUGGUCUUUCCAAGAGUGUAUUUUAAAGAUCACAUGCUGACAGAGUGUAUUCCAGGAACAUUGGGCUUGGCCAAUCCAUCUAGUUGGAUGACAUCAACUUUGUUUUCCAAGGUCUUGGAUCAUUUUAUUCAACACACUAAUUCUUCUCAAGAGAACCAUCAAUUGUUAAUUAUGGACAACCACGAGAGCUUUUAUAAUGGAGAGUGCGAUAGUUUGAUGAAACAACAACCAGGUGUGCCUAUCGACAUCUAUAAAAUUGCAUCUAUAGUUCAUAAAGCUGCUGACGAAGCAAUGACUCCUAAGAACAUUAAGAGCGGCUUCUCUAAAUCUGGAAUUUAUCCGUUCAAUUGA